CGCAGCAGGAACAGUUACUCCGCAAGUCCCAGAAAUCCCACGUGAGGGACGUCAAACGCGUCACGGACUAUAUAAGCAGGUCACCCUCCUUCGCAGCCUCAUUCCAGGAUUUGUGUAGAGGUCUCAUCCCUUCCUGUGAAGAUUGAUCGUCGAGGAUUUUGAAGAGAAAUGCCAAAAACGACCUGAUUUUUUUUUUGCUCUAUCAAUUAAUGGACGAUUGAUGUUUUUUUGUCUCCACCUUUUGUUCCCGAGGGGAAAAGCUUUGCCUCUAUCAAAAGCCCGCCCAUAAAUGGCCAAAACGCCAAUUUGAAGUCCUAUAUAUUUGAGCUAGCUGGUUAACUAAUCAUGAGCUUAUUUAAUUAGGCUGUUGUAUCAACUGAUUUGUUGCUUUUAAGCACAAACCAUUUUACCAGAGGCGCUGAAAGGAGAUACUGAUAGAAUGGCCCCUGUGGAUCCCAGAGAAGUAUUAAAGGAGGUGGAGAAUUUCUUGGGGAAAGAUGGGGAGUUACGCAGCCUGGAAGGAGUCGCCAAGAUAUUUGGCUUGAUGAAGGCAUCCCAGAAGAUGGUCUGUCGAUGUAUGUACCUAAAUAUCUUACUGCAGACUAAAUCUCAUGAUAUCCUUAACAGGUUUAUCCGAGUGGGGGGGUACAAGCUUCUGAAUGGGUGGCUGACCUACUCGAAAUCAACUACCAACACCCCCUUGCUGCAGUCGAUCCUGCUUACUUUACAAAAGCUGCCUCUCACAGUCGACCAUCUCAAACAGAACAACACAGCGAAACUGGUCAAGCAGCUGAGCAAGACCGGCGAAACGGAAGAGCUCAGGAAGCUGGCCACGGUUUUGGUGGACGGAUGGAUGGCAGUAAUCCGCUCCCAGAGUGUGGGAGCUUCCAGUGGAACUUCCCCAUCAGAUAAAAAGAAGAAGAAAGAGGAGGGGAAAUCCCGAGGGGGAGAGGCGAAGGCUGAUACAGGGAAGGUUCCAGAAGAAGAGAAGAAGAGGGAGAAGCCCAAAGCGCACGCCCCCAGUCAUGCCAAGUUCCGAUCUACAGGCUUGGAAGUUGACACCCCAGGCCCAUUACCGGCCAAAAAACCCCCACCUGUGCUCCAGCUAGGAGACAAGUACAGCAUUAAACCUGUUGUGCUCAAGAGGCCUAGCACCUCACAGGCAGAUGUCCCCCUAGCGGAGAAGAAGUACAAACCGCUCAACACUAUGCCCAACUCCACUAAAGAGAUCAAAGUCAAGAUCAUCCCAGCACAACCUAUGGAGUGUACAGGCUUCCUGGACGCUCUCAACUCUGCCCCGGUACCUGGUUUUAAGAUCAAAAAGAAGAAGAAGGUUCUCUCUCCAACAUCUAACAAGUCCUGUCCACUGGAGAGCAAGGCCCUGUGUCCAUCAUCCCAGAACAAGCAGUCAUCGCCUGACCGGCCCGCCUCCCAGACCCCCCCUCAUGAGCCUCCGGACCUGGAGCAGCCAGGAACGCCGGUGCCCUGCGACGACACUGAGGUCAUGGACGCCGAGGAGAAGCCUAAUGCUCUGUCUGAGCCUCGUGGAGAGGAGGAGGUGCUGACCAAGAAAGGGAAGAAGAGGAAGAGCGUCCGCUGGGUGGAGGAGCCGCAUCUGAAGGAGUACUUCUACUUUGACCUUGAUGAGACUGAGAGAGUGAACGUCAAUAAGGUGAAGGACUUCGGAGAGGCGGCGCGGAGGGAGCUGAUGAUGGACAGGCACGCGUUCGAAGCCGCCCGGCGCCUCUCGCACGACGCCAUGGAAGAGAUGGUAGCGUGGACGCCCCCUAGGCCUCUCACCUACUCCGGCUGCCUGGUCACCCCCGGCACGAGCAGCAGCGAGAGGCACACCCAAAAGGACCGUGAGAUGGGCAUUCUGCAGGAGAUCUUCCUGAGUAAAGAGAGCGUCCCAGACAGUCCACAGGAGCCAGACCCAGAGCCGUACGAGCCUGUGCCCCCCCGCAUCAUACCCCUGGACGAGGACUCUGGCUCGGUGGAGGAGCCCUUCCUGGAGGCCACAGACGCGUCAGGGUCGGGCAACUACGCUGCCGGGGCUGCCGAGGGCGCCAAGCUGCCGCCCGUCUUGGCCAACCUCAUGGGCAACCUGGGGAGCGGGGCGCUGGGCUCCCAACAGCAGGGGCCAUCGGCUGUGCAGGAGCUGCUCACGUCCAUCAUGGGCGCGCCAAGCAACCAGUCGGCCGAGGACCUGAUCAAACAGCCUGACUUCUCGGACAAGAUAAAGCAGCUUCUCAGCUCCCUGCAGCAGAGCCAGCCCCAGGCCCCUGCCGCUGCGCCCCCCCCAGUGAGCACAGGCUUGCUUGGUCAUGGCCCUGGCAUGGGCAUGAACAUGGGCAUGAACAUGAAUGCCAACAUGAACAUGAACAGGAAUAUGUCGGCGCCCAUGAACGGAGGCUACCCCCCAAAUAACCCACCAGCCGGCGGCCGGUUCCCCCACCCGCCGCCGCCGCCUCCACACGGCCACGGGCCCCCCUUCCCCCCCGGCGGUGGGGGCCCCAGGUCGAUGGGCCCGCCACCUCCUCAGGGGCGCGGCGGAGAUGGUGGAGGCUACUGGGGGGAGGAGCCAAUGAGGGGAGGCCCCCACCGAGGAGGCGGAGGGAGCCAUUUCCAUCGUGGCAGGGGGGGCCGGGGAGGCGACUCCGGGUUCCGCGGGCGAGGUGGACGCGGCGGCGGCCCCCAGCAGGACUCGGGGUUCAGAGGCCAAGGCGGACGAGGGGGUGGUCCUCAGCAAGACUCCGGCUUCCGGGGGCGAGGAGGACGGGGAGGAGACAUGUCCAAGAGGCCCGUCUGCCGGCACUUCAUGAUGAAAGGAAGCUGUCGAUAUGAGAGCAACUGCGCCUUCUACCACCCAGGAGUGAACGGCCCACCGCUGCCCUGAAGGUCCCUCCACACAUAGCCAGCAUGGCUGCAGGCAUCUCCACGAGGGGAAAGAACUUAUUUAGCUCGUUCCGGGCCCCUUUCUCCUGUUUUACAUUUUAUUUUUUUCGGGAGAGAAGAUGAUGGACAAACGCCACUCCAGACGUGCGUCAAUCGACGCAUUUAAACAUUUCAAACCAUCGGGAAAAAACGUCUCAUUUUACUGGGUUUCCCUUCCGAUUUCUUGGAGUGUAGUGGCAUGAUCUUUAUUUUGUCGUUUUUCCAGGCCCUGCCUAAGGAAAAAUGACCUAAAGCCUGAAAUUUGAGUUGAUUACAGCAAAAAUAUCUGGUUAAAGAUUGCUAUACUUGCUAACCACUAAUGCAGAAUGGAGCGAUGUCCAUCUGUAUCUUAUUUUUAAAGUGUCACUGUCCCACAAUUUUUGAUCCUGAUCGAGCACAGCAGCCUCGAUUUUAGAUGUUUGUAUAAUGGUGACCAUUAUUUCUAUAAUAUUCUGAUUUAUUUCUUUACUAGGGGUUAAGAAAAUGAGAGGUCCUGGUUGUGAUACCAAACCUUCCGGGUUGUGAAGGCCAGGGGGGCUGGGAGGGUGUGGGACCAGCAGAGCAGGCUUCAGUGUCAAGCUGCUUUGGACCUGAGGGGCUCUUCCUCAUGUUGAAAACAAUGUAUUUAAAGAAGACACACUCUCAUCUCGUUCUCAUCCUGUCCGUGUAUUUGAACAAGACAGGUGGAUGAUCAGUUUGGGACAAAGUCAGCUGCGUACUUCAAAUGUGGACAUCAGUACUGCAGUCUGCGCUGAAGUUCAGCAUGCAGCACUGAUGCGGCUUUAGGAUUUCGAGGUGCGGUCCGAGAGGUUUUCAGCUAGCUUGCCGACAUGACGGUGAUAUGUAAGAUCUGUUCUUUUCUGUUCGGUGAUGCGUAAAUGUGCCAAAUGAAUUGCGGGGAAAUACAAGGGGAAAUUCUGUCCGUCGGUAUGCGAUCGUUGGCGCAUCAUUUAAGACACCACUGUCAUUCCAUCCAUAAUUCCUUUUAUGGAACAUUCUAGGUGUUAAUCUGUCAUCAGCACAGAACAGAAAAAAACUGUACAGAUUCAAAUUAAGCUCUCAUUUCUGUUAGAGAUAAGCGAUAAUGUCCUUAAGGUAUAGACCCAAAGUAUAAGCUAAAAACACUGAACGCUAAGAAGCUAGUAUUGCAAUGGGGUGGAAAGACCAAUAGUGUAUUGAAACCACUGUUCUGCCUACUUAAAGUUUUUAAAUGGUAAAUAUGUGUCAGUUUUAACAGUUUUGUAUAUCAGAUGAUGCUUAGUAUUUUAUUUUUUAAAUAGGCCAGCUUUGAUGCAAGCAUGUAACACUUCAGUAUGGCUUUGUGGAACCAGGCAGUGUUUACCUAGUUAUGCCCAGGUAUCCAGGCCUGUCUGGGAAACUAGUCAAUUGUUUUCUGUGAAAACAUCAGCAUUCCUGUCUCAUGUGGGACUGUAUUUAAUUUUUCCCAGAUUCCUUUUUUUGUAUGUAUCUGCUAGUAGGAUUUUGAUGUCACACACAUGCCGUUUGAUUUGUAUCAAGUUGUGGGUUGUACACUGCAGCAUAGACACCCAUUUACAUGCAACUCUUUGUUGGCCUGCAGGUUUUUUAUGUCAAUAAAUGUUGAUCGAUUAAAGACUAUUUUUAAAUCUUG